AUGUUAAUUUGCACACGUUUACUUGAAGCACAUUUCACAUUAUUAUUAAAAUACACUAUUCACCGAAACCAUUAUUCAAGAAUUAGUUGUAAACCAGUAAUAAGUAAAUUACCCUUAACACCACGAUCAAACAAUUACUCUUUCCCAAUAUCAAGACCAUAUAGUACAACGGUAAACAAAACCCCACAGAAAGAUGAUGAAGGGAACGAUAUGCAUAUUGAAAUCACGGAUCGGGCUGCGAAUCAACUCAAAUCUAUCUUGGAACGGGAAAAUAAUUCUAAUAAUGCAUUAAGAAUAACGGUAGAUUCUGGAGGUUGUCAUGGAUUUCAAUAUUGUUAUGAUUUGACGGAACAAAAAAAUAUUAAAGAUGAGGAUGUUGUGUUCGAGAAUAAUGGAGUUAAAGUAAUUGUAGAUGAAAUUUCUCUAAGGAUGAUCAAAGGAUCAAAAAUAGAUUAUACGCAGGAACUGCUGGGAUCACAAUUUCAAGUUUUAGAUAAUCCUCAAGCCGAAUCUGGUUGUGG